UCUUCACCUUCUCUAGUCCGACUCUUCUUCAUGCUCUCGUUCCCGGAAACGCCCCACGAAUUCGUCGAAUUUACACUCCCAUGCCACUCGUCAGCUCGGGAAACUUCUCCACUCACGCCGUUCAGCUCCACGCCCUGCAGAGAAGCUCCGGCUGCGGCCUCCCGGUCCCUGAGAAGCGCGGAUUCCGCCCUCGGCGUACCCGAGGACCACAAUCAGCGGACCAGUUCUCCGUCCUCUGUUGCAGAAAUGGCGGAGCUCGAGCUACAAAUGAGAGCUGCCUCGGACACUUAAGGAAAUUAUGGCUUGUCUCAACUAGCUCGGCUUCACGCGGUGGCUGCCAACUGUGGAACUUGCCUAGCUCCGGGGACACAGGAGGACCUGUGGUGACAGUGGGUGUCGCUCUGCGCCGGAUUUGGGAACUGGUUGCGGACGAUAGAUUGGUCGUGUACAUCGCAUUCGGUUCUCUAACGAUUGCUGCGAUUUCGGAGAUCACGGUGCCGAGCAUUUUGGCGGCGUCUGUUUUUGCUGCUCAGAAUGGUAAUACGGUGGCAUUCUAUGGAUAUGUGCGGGUGUUGGUUGUGUUGUCUUGUAUCUCUGGAAUAUGCAGUGGUCUGCGGAGUGGCUGUUUUGCACUAGCAAACGUCACCUUGGUCAAGCGGCUUAGAGAAACAUUAUAUUCGACUCUUAUAUUUCAGGAUAUAUCCUUUUUCGAUGCAGAAGCAGUCGGUGAUCUAACGAGCAGGCUCGGAGCAGAUUGUCAGCGGAUGUCUCAUGUUCUCAGCAAUGAUCUUCACUUGAUAUUCCGAAAUAUUCUUCAGGGAACAGGGGCAUUGAUCAAUUUACUGAGCUUAUCAUGGCCUCUGACAUUAUCAACGCUUGUCAUAUGCGCUGUUCUGGCUGCAAUUUUUCUGGUAUAUGGCAGGUACCAGAAAAAUGCUGCUAAGCUAUCUCAGGACUUCACUGCCGGUGCCAAUCAAGUUGCAGAGGACACACUUUCACAGAUGAGAACUGUCCACGUUUAUGGAACAGAGAGGGUGGAAAUUAGAAGGUACAAGAAGUGGCUGGAGAGGUUAGCUUCUGUGGGCAUUCUUGAAAGCUCAGCUUAUGGAUUGUGGAAUUUGAGUUUUAUAGUACUUUACCGGUCAACUCAGGUUUUUGCCUUGAUGCUAGGAGGAACUUCUGUUAUAACUGGUCAUGUCUCAUCAGAGCAACUUACAAAGUAUGUUUUGUAUUGUGAGUGGAUGAUUUAUGCCACUUGGAGGUUGGUGGAUAGUUUGUCGUCAUUAAUGCAAUCCAUAGGAGCAAGUGAAAGAGUUUUCCAGCUAAUGAGUAUUUCGCCUGGGGAUCAGUACUCACUCAAAGGGCUGAAGUUACAGAGGUUGAUGGGACACAUAGAGUUCUUAAAUGUUUCGUUCUGUUACCCUUCAAGGAUAAUGGUACCUGUCCUACAAGAUGUGAACUUGUUGAUACAACCAAAGGAACUAGUUGCAAUUGUGGGUCUGAGUGGUUGCGGUAAAAGCUCAUUGGUCAAUCUCUUGCUUCGCCUGUAUAAACCAGCUCAUGGUCAGCUCUAUCUUGACAAUUACCCUCUUGAUAAGUUGGAUGUCAGGUGGCUCAGAUCAAAAAUCGGAUAUGUUGGGCAGGGACCAUAUCUCUUUCACAUGGAUGUCAAGUCAAACAUAAGCUAUGGUUCCUUAAGAUAUGUCACCCAGGAAGACAUAGAGUGGGCUGCUAAAGAAGCAGGUGCUCACGAAUUCAUCUCAUCUCUUCCUAAUGGUUACGAAACAAUUGUUCAUGAGGGUUUACUCAGCGGUGGUCAGAAGCAGAGAAUCGCCAUUGCGAGAGCUAUACUUAGGGAUCCUGACAUUCUAAUCCUAGAUGAAGCUACAAGUGCUUUGGAUAUGGAAAAUGAACACCAAGUCAAGGCCCUCAUUGAUGGACUGAGAAAUGAUGCUAGAUCGAGGACAAUCAUCGUUGUAGCUCAUAGGCCGGUUGCCAUGGAAAGAGCUGACAGGAUCAUUGUGAUGAAUGGCGGCAAAGUCGUUGAGGUGGGGACACACAGUGAGCUGCUCCAGCGCAAUGGCAUAUAUGCUCGUUUGUUCAAGCUGCAAACAGAUUGGUUGGGUUGAUCUUCACGGUUUUGUCCUUUGAAACCGGACCGUCGUACUAAAUGCUGCGAUAUUUAACUUGGCAUGUUCUUCAGAUGAACUGGAACAGCAAUUCUUACACGCUCACUACUUAUUACACUCAUCUCACCAGCAUUGACAAUACAAAGCUCGAUGAAUGCAAAGAGGGAAACCAUCAGGAAUUUUGUUUGGAUUUCGCCAGCCAGUCAGAUAGCUGCUGAGUCCCGAUAUUCCGGACACUAAACUAGAGCCUCUCGAGGGCUUCGCUCGAGAAAUCUCCCGGCUGAGGGACUUGCUCGUGGGGGAGGCCCUUCGGCCCCUCCAUCUCUUGCCCUGUCCUCCUCUUCAGCUGGUUUUCAUAGCUCUUUGCUUCGUACUUGUACGUACAGUCGGGCAGGUCAUCGACCACUCCUUUGAUCUCCUUCACAGCCUCGCGUCUCGGGGCCACUGCAUCCUUGAUUUCUUUGUUCCUUCCUUGCUCUUCGGCCAUGCCUAUUCCUUAUCUUCUUUCAGCCCGAAAUUCCCUUCGACUGAUCAGAACCUGAACUUAUUGCUUUAUUAACAGCUAAGAGCUACGUGUUCAUUGUAUGGCUUCUCCAUGUAAUGUCAUCAAGGCAAAAUGUUCCACACAUCAAGAGACAGCUUGCUCAGCACCCAUAGUUACAUCAUCCUUUUCAGCUAUUCUAUAUAUAAUAAAGUGGCACAAAAGUUCGACUGACGGGAAUGAUUCAAUGGAGUCUUGCUAGUGAAAAUCGAAUUUGAAUCUCUCGAUUCCAAGUUUAGACUCCGUAAUUGACUCCUUUUCUAACAUUACAUCAUCUCAAGUUGUCCACCUUUUGUAUCGUAGUACAGUGUAUAUUCUACGGCGGUCGCGCGACAACAUAUGGCUCGAAGAUUCACAGCAAUUAACGUCUCGAAUUUCUGCCCCAACAGAUUUACCUUACUAUGUGGUUUACUACUAUAUUUUUUAGCAGUAUCACUCUGUGCUAAAUUUGGCAGUUACUCACGUGAUUAUUAUAUUCGAUUAAGCUGAUACUAUAGCGAUAUUAGAUUAGUUACUGUUAAAUUUUAACUUGUUAUGAAAUCAGCAAUUAUUUCCCCGACCGAUCUCACGCGGAAAAGCUAAGGGGUCAGCCUUGGGCCCAGAGAAGACCAACCAUUUGGGCUUCGUGGUGUUAAUUGGGCUGGCACCAUACUUCUACCGGCCCACUAGUCCCCAGCCUCAUAUUUAUUUACGGUUGUGCCCUAACCCUCGCCGGGCUUUCUUUUACCAUGCCACUCUUUUCUCUGGGAUUUAGUUUUAGGGUUAGGGCUUAAGUCUUCUCUCUCUCUCUCUCUCUCUCUCUCUGCGAGCGAGCUAGGGCUGCGUUGCCGGGCUUCUCUUCUCUUCCUCCGACCGAAGGUCUCCUCCGCUGCAGCGGCUUUCUUGACACCUCUCUGGUCCGAUACCUAAUGGACCCGCAGGAGAAUGAGGCGGCGUUCGACGGGGAAGCUCACGAAGUCGAGCCCUCGGACCACUCCCUCCACCAUUCCGCUGAAGACGACAGAUCUCACCCUCAGUCCGGCGACGGAGCUAGUCCCG